CGAAGAACCGUAGAGAUACGUCUUUUUUUUUUAAACUGCAAUCGAGAAAAUUGAUUUUUGGAAUGUAUUUUUAAAUGCGUUCCUCUUUAUGCCCAGGUUUCUGGUUGCAACAUCGUACAUGGCUAGUUCAAUAUUAACAGUGAUUUGCUGGCGGGGGAAGAAUUAAAGAUGCGCCGAGAACGAAGGCAAGUCUGCUAAUCGACCCUCAGCUACCCGGGCGGUGUGUAGUAACUGAGAGCUAGAGCUCUCGCCUCUUCGCCCGCCUCCUUUGUGGGCGGGGAUCAGCUGCGAUGGGGUUAGGUUGCGUCUCCCUGCGUGUGUCUAUAACUUUGUGUUGCCGCUCCUGGAUGUUAGGAGAAGGAAUGUGGAAGUCGGUGGAGGGGAGGGCGACAGGUUGCUUGAGGGAACGGCAGCAGCUCCAGCGUUUCUCUCCCGCCGCUGCUUCGCCGCUUGCUUUCUCCCUGGGGAGGGAGCCUUCUCCCAUCGGUGGGAUUUUUCUCAUUUUAAUGCUUCUUCUGCUACUUAAAGUGGAACGACUCGGGAACGGCUCCAAAAUCAAGAAUCCUGCAGUAGCGGGAGCAGCGGCAGAAUCGGCGCCUCGUUUUCCUCCCGUGCAUUUGGAGCUGGAUUUUCUGCCGCCCCAGCGGGUUCGGGUUUAAGCUUCGCCUCGGAGACUGGCGCUUCUCGCUUGCUCUUUCGUUCGCCUGCUUGACCACUCGCCCUGCCUUUUUGCCGACGCUUUUUUAAAUGACUUGAGUGGAGGGGGAGGGGGGGGGAAACUGUCAAGAUGGCAGCAGCGGCGGCAGCAGCAGCGAGGAGGUUAUGAAUGUGGUGGUGCCGAUGCUGGAACAAAACCUCGGGAGGCUGCGGAGGACUUGGGUUUUCGGACCUGUUGGAAGAUCGGCGAUUUGACUUGUUUGAAUUCUCCGCGUCACUUUCUUUUACGCCGAGGAAGAGGAUUUAAAAGAAGGCGAAGGGAACCGACAGGCGUUUUAAGUUUCCUCUCUUAGUUAAAAAGACUGGCUCUCUUACCGCCCUACGCCGCUUUCGGAUUUCUUUUUUUCCUUUUUUCGGAGGAAGAAGAAGAGGGAUCGCAAAUGGGGCAGCCGCGAUCGGAUGGGUGUUAAGGCUUCGGUGCUCUCCGUGAAGGCGUUGGGAAGUCGGUGACGGAAGGACUUGCAAAGACCGAAGGCGUCCGCCAAACCAGCAACCGAGAGACUGGCGAACAUCUCUUUUUUUAAAUUAAAAAAAAAAAAUGAUGCGGGGGGUCGCGGGAAUGGGGUCUCUUUAAUAGCUACAGAGCGAUGCUAUUGGAGGACUCCAGCGCGUAGCGAAAGAUAAACAAACGCGCGGGCGCAGAGCCGCGGUUUGCUUCCAGCCCCGCCGUCUUUGGAAAUGCUUCCCAAAUUGGUCAGCCUCAAAGGGCAGCGAAAAGAGAGCUGACCUGGAACCGGGGGGCUCCCGGAUCGCUUCCCGAUCGCCUUAGAACUUUUCCUUUCUCCGGCGGGGGAGGCGAGAGGUAGCGGGCAGGAAGGAGGCAGCCGGACCUUUAAUGGGGAGCGGCGUGCUUGCUCGAGCUCGCUAAUCUCUGCCAGGAGCUGGGCGAGGAGAGGGGACCGGAGCGCGGUGGAUCGGGUUCCCGUCUGACAGCGGGAAGGACAGAAGGGUCGCCUCAAAAGCGGGGGGAGGCCAAGAUGGCUGAGGUGUCUCCCCCCGCGCCCUUGUCCCCUCUGGACGUGGAGCUGGACCCGGAGUUCGAGCCCCAGAGCCGUCCUCGCUCCUGUACGUGGCCCCUGCAAAGGCCCGAGCUCCAAACGAGUCCGGCCAAGCCCUCGGGAGACGCGACCGCCGACGACGCCUCCAUGAUUCCCGAGGAGGACGACGACGCUGACGACGAGGAGCAAGGGUGCACCUCAACCGCCACCGUCCCCGUCGGCGCCGGCGAGGCUCUUGCUUCGGAGGACACGGUCCGCCUGCUGGUUCCCUUCUCCGGAUUGCCCGGUGAGGGGUCUGGCGCGGGCAGCUCUGCGUUGACCGGCGGGCAGCAGCCUCAGCCAGUGGCGGCGGGCACGGCGGCCGCUCCGCGAAAAUGUUCGUCCCGGAGAAACGCGUGGGGCAACUUAUCGUACGCGGACCUGAUCACCCGCGCCAUUCAGAGCUCGCCGGAGAAGCGCCUCACCCUGUCCCAAAUCUACGAGUGGAUGGUGCGCUGCGUGCCCUACUUCAAGGAUAAGGGCGACAGCAACAGCUCGGCAGGCUGGAAGAACUCAAUCAGACACAACUUGUCCCUUCACAGUCGAUUCAUCAGGGUACAGAAUGAAGGAACUGGGAAAAGCUCGUGGUGGAUGAUCAACCCCGAUGGUGGGAAAGGAGGGAAAGCACCCCGCAGACGUGCUGUAUCAAUGGACAACAGCAACAAAUACACAAAGAGCCGAGGACGAGCAGCUAAGAAAAAAGCAGCCCUUCAAGUUGCACAGGAGACAAGUGAUGACAGCCCCACCCAGCUGUCCAAGUGGCCUGGUAGCCCAACCUCCCGUAGCAGUGACGAACUGGAUGCAUGGACAGAUUUCCGGUCUCGUACCAACUCGAAUGCCAGUACAAUAAGUGGCCGCUUGUCCCCAAUAUUGGCAAGUACUGAGCAAGAUGAGGUGCAGGACGACGAUGCUCCACUUUCUCCCAUGUUGUACAGUAGCUCACCCAGCAUGUCCCCGUCAGUGAGCAAGCCCUGUAAUGUUGAGCUGCCUAGGUUGACUGACAUGGCAGGCACGAUGAACUUGAAUGAUGGCUUGACAGAUAACCUUAUGGAUGAUCUCCUGGACAAUAUAACCCUUCCUUCUUCCCAGCAGUCACCCACAGGAGGACUCAUGCAGAGAAGCUCAAGCUUUCCAUAUGGCUCCAAAGGUUCAGGGCUUGGUUCUCCAUCCAGUAGUUUCAACAAUGCUGUGUUUGGACCAUCAUCGCUGAAUUCUCUCCGUCAGUCUCCCAUGCAAACCAUCCAAGAGAACAAGCAAGCUACAUUUUCUUCCAUUUCGCACUACAAUAACCAAACUCUGCAGGAUCUGCUGGCGUCAGAUUCACAUAGCCACAGUGAUGUCAUGAUGACUCAGUCUGAUCCGCUCAUGUCACAAGCUAGCACUGCUGUGUCUGUCCAAAACGCACGCAGGAAUAUUAUGCUUCGGAACGAUCCAAUGAUGUCAUUUGCUGCUCAACCAAGUCAGAGCAGUUUGACCAAUCAGAAUCUGCUCCACCACCAGCAUCAAUCCCAGAAUUCCUCUCUCAGUGGCAGCCGUGCCUUGUCAAAUUCUGCCGGUACUAUGGGCUUAAGUGACACCAACAUUGGAUCAGCAAAACACCAGCAACAGCCACCUGCCAACCAGUCUAUGCAAUCACUUUCUGACUGCCUAUCGGGUUCUUCUUUGUAUUCCAACAGUGUGAGCCUUCCAGUCAUGGGGCACGAUAAAUUCCCCAGUGAUUUGGAUCUGGAUAUUUUCAACGGGAGCUUGGAAUGCGACAUGGAGUCCAUUAUCCGCAGUGAACUCAUGGAUGCAGAUGGAUUGGAUUUUAAUUUUGAUUCCCUCAUCUCAGCCCAGAACGUUGUUACACUGAAUGUGGGAAACUUCACUGGUGCUAAGCAAGCUUCAUCACAGAGUUGGGUUCCAGGCUGAAGGAUUUAUGCAAAGAGGGGAAAAUAGGCACAGCAGGCCCUUCAUCCAACAUGAAUCUUAAAGAAAAAAAAAUCCUUGCCAAAAUCAACUGUCAUCAAAGACAGGGAUGUCGUUUACAGCAUUUGUGAACCCUGCAUUCUUUUCCUAAUGAAACAGAGACUGUUAGUGAGCACCAGAACUUGAGGAAAGAACUGACUUAUCUGGAACUGAACUCAUUUUGAAGUAUGCAAAUUUUUCUUACUGUAGGGUGAUCCACCACCAACUUGAGGAUAUGUUGGUUCAGCCACCAUUCUGUUUCAAAACACUGUAGCCUUUACAGUAGUGUGCUUGUCAAUCAGUACAUGGCGUUCCAAAAUGGUGAUGGGUUGCAGGAUGCUUUUAGGUUGGCUUUUGUUCUUCAGGGUUUCCCCCAGCCCACCCUUCUUAAGGUGUGAGGGAUGCUUUUUUCUUUUUCUCCUCCUCCUUUACUUACCCCUUCUAAUGUGCCAAUUCCUUAUGAAAAUUAAAUGCACAACAUGGGCUUGAAAUAUCAACAGCACUUGAAUACCAAUACAGUUUCCAGAGGAGGAGCUGCAUUAAACUGUUGCAGCAACACAAGUGACGAGUAUGGUGGCACUUUAAAGAUUUAGCAAAUUGGGUAUGACUUGGAUCGGAUUCUAAGACAAGAUGGUAAGGGACAGCAAGGAAUGGAAAACAGUAAGGGGAGAGAGAAAUGCAAUGCAAGAAGUAUCAAUGCCCUCUGCAUUUUGUUUCUAUCUUCAGGAUAGCAUUCCAGGUAUGCAACGACAGAGGGUGUCAUGAAGCGUUGCUCUUUAAGAUGCCACUGAACACUUUGUUGACUCCUGCAAUCUUUAGAGUACAACCAACCAGUUGAAUUCAAGAGUUAGUUUGUAAGAUAACGUAACGACUGUAUUUGCUUUGGUGUUUUUAUGUGGGGACUGGUUAGCUAAUUCAUUAGUUCUCAACCAGUCCCUACAACUCUCCAACCAAAUAUUUUCCUAAUCUUCUAUGUGUUUCUUUUUAUUUUUGGUACCAAGAAAGGGUGGAUUUUACCUCACAAAAUUAGCCACCACUAAUGUUGCAUCCUAACUAGGGUUCAUUCGGUGUGAGAGAAAAAGGGCAUUUCAUUGUGGGGAAUCAGUAACUCCUAUCUAAAUCUAGCCUAGGGUUAUGCGAGCAGUUUUGCCCAAAUGCUGCAGUAAAUGUUUGCUUUUUCGUUUGUUCCCAUAGCUUAGCAAUUGGCCAGUCUGAGGUGCAUUGUUUACCACUUGCCAAAUAUAACCACAUAGAAGGCAACGGCUUGCUUUCAAAUUAUUACUCUUAUUAAUAAUAACAACACAAAACCUAAAAGAAAAAAAUGAAUAUAUUGCAUGAGAACGGAGUUUUAUGUAUCUGUAAUAUCCAAGGCUUGGAUGAUUUAUUUCAUUCAUAAUCAUUUAUUCAUCUUUCUCUUCCUUAUUCUUUCCCUCUUGUGAUACAUGGUGGAAACUGGAAAAAGGUGGUUAGGAAGGAGACACAGAGAGGGAAAAUCCAUACAGAGAGCUUUUCAUAGGAGCGUAGAUUGUAACUGGAUAAAUUCCAUUGAAAAACAAAGUAGUUUUUAUAUAUUUUGCUUAUAGGGAUUUCUUUUUGUAAAUUUAUAUAGUAAUAACGACUGAAAGUUAUGGUGCUGUGCAAGUCCUGUUUAAUUACUUUUUAUUGGUAUUUUUCAUGUGAAGGUAGGGCAAAGAAGGGAAGAAAGAAAUAGGGGAAAACCUGAUGGUACGUUUUAAUUUUUUUUUUUUAAUGGUGUGAAGACACUUUGGCUUAGGACAACAUAUACAUAUUUCUCCAAAGUGAUAUAUGAAGAACUUUUUUUGGCAUAAAAGCAGAAUGCAUAUAAAUAUAUAAAUAUAUUUUAUUAUGUACAGAAACAGAUCAUUAUGCAUGAUUGUUAAGAGAACAGACUAGCAUUUUAACCCAAAGUUUCAGUGCAUGAGUUUCCACCAGCACAUGAAUCAUCUACCAACGUGGUAUGAUUCCUCUCAGCUGCCACCUUUCACUGCGCGUGCACAUGCAGGCAUUCAAGCACAUUCACACAUAUACAUCGGUGGGCCCCAUAUUGCUCUUCUUUUCCAACUUCUGAGGUAAUAUUGGUGAAAUAACAACUCCUUGUGUGAUGAAAGUUUUGUUUUGUACUGUAGCUGCCUCCUCCUUGUGCUGCGCUAUUCUCUAGAUGAACACAUGAAGUCAUAACAGUUCAUAACUUUAAAACGAUGACAAUUCUGUGCUGUUGUGGUUCUAAAUAGCUCAUAGAAUAUACACUUUCAAACUAGUUAAAUGAUUUUUAUCAUUUUCCAAAUAAAUACAGACUAUUUUUUUAAUAAUUAAGGUGGUAUAUUUGUCUAUGGCAGGGCAUAGUUUAUCAUAUCUCUUUAAUUAUAUAGAACCAAUGUGUGUGCUUGUUCUUCACAUUGGAAAGGGCUUCCUUGAAAGGAAUACCUUAUAAAAAUGUCAUCUGUUCCAGGGGCUUGAGAAAAGUAGUGACUUAUCUUGAGAGACUCAGUUACAGGUACCUAUUACCAAAGCUAGUUAAGAAUGUGCUCACAUGCCUUUACUACAGAUGAGUAUCUGGCACAUCAUUAUAUGUGAAUUAAGCCAAUGAUGAUAUUUUGGGGUGUUUGUUGUUUGUUCUUUGAAAUGAAAAUGUAUUUGGUGAUGGACAAUUUAUUUCCAAGUUUCUGUCUGUCUUCUUAACAGAAACUCUGUGCAUAAAAAAAAAUCCAUUAUUGUACAAAAUUUAUGGUUUCCUCUACUUUGACUGGGUUUCCUUUCAAUACUUGAAAAUGCAAUAUAUCAGGAAGCUGAUGCAGAACAAGGAAUAGAUUCUUCAUUUCUCAGCUCUAAUUUUAAUCAGGUGACCAGGAUGCAAUGACAGCCUAUGUGCAGUGACAUCAUCACAUAAAUGCGAUAAUUAUGUACUUGCAUUUCAACAUCUGACACAAGUACAUAAGAUGCAACCUUUCUGUGAUAUUGUCACAGUUAUUUUUGUCAUCCCCACCCCCACCCCUGCUGAUUAAUUGACAUAAAACAAAGAACCAUAUUUGUAACUUGGCCAAAUUCAUACAGGUUUUAAAUCCCAUUGAUUUCAAUCAAAUUCAGUACCCACCAUAAAUAUCAGUAAGGCUUUGAGACUGUCCUGAGAUUAAAUAUUAAACCCAAUAUGACAUUACGGUAAGCAUGCAUUAAUCAGAUUGCAUGUUUGUAACAGUAAGCAAUUAAGAGUAACAUUUAAGCUGCUGUUGUAUUCGCGGAUGGUCGCAUACAGAUUUCAAUAGGAAAACCUCCAUCUGCUCAGUUAGCAUCUAUACUUGUUUAAAUAUUUUUAUUUCACUAAUAAAAAGCAAAUUGGGAAGGGGAAAGAAACAGAGCAAAGUGAUAGGGCACGGACAUUUAUAUAACGUGUUUCAGGUUCUGCCUUCUUGGGAAUAUGCUGCCCAUCAAUGGAAAAUAAUAUUGACCUAUAUAAAUCCUUGGCUUGAUGCAAUGUAAAAGGCAACUGUGACCUGAAUUUUUAUAGUUCCUUGAGAGGAUUGUUAGGGACAGUCAUGGCAUUCCAGGCACAUAUUAAAAUGAUGAUGAUGGUAACAAAGCAUCCUCCUGGGGGGGGGGGGAAGGCAAAUCACAAACCUCUUCAGCCAUGAUAGUGGUAUGACAGGCAAUUUGAUAACAUUGGCUUUAACAAGAUAAAUUCAAAUCCUAGGAUCGUAAUGGAUAAAAACUGCAAUAAAACUGCACUUCUCUGAAAAAAAAAUAGUAAUUUGAAAUUCCGAUACUAUUAGAGUCAAUGGGGGCGAAUGUAAGCCUCAUUCUUUCAGGUUCACCCACAAGUGUCUCAGAGGCUACAGAAAUGUUUCCCACACCAUCGCCCUCCUUGUGAAUUAGAUUGCACUUCACAGCAUUGGAACUAACAGGCUCUUGACUAGGCUGAUUAGCAAGUAAUUUUUUUUCUAGAGUUGAAGACCAAGCUAGGGAACAUAGUAUGCUGCACUAUUUUCUCAGUCACAGGAACCUUUAAUGUAAAGCAAUUGCACGGAAAUCCAUCAAUUUGCUCUGUGUGACUUCUUUUCCUAUUGUUUGUCCUUCUGCCUCUCACAAUAUAAAUAACUCCAUAUUUGAUGUACUGUCCCCAACUGGGAACCCAAUCUCAAAAUUCUGCUCUCAAGGAUACUUGCUAGCCAAUGGACUGCUGCUUAUAGCCUUAAGCUUUCUGUAUUAUUUUUUGCCUGGAGGAUGGCCACAAAAUAUAUAGUGAGUGGCCCAAUUUUCUUCUCUAGUUAUAAAGUAGGCUGUUUCUAUUAGCCUAAAGGAGUGAGGUGCUAGACAAAAGCAAGCAGCCAAUAAAUCCUCAAAUACUGGUCUAGUUCAGGUAUAAUACUAAACCAAGGAUUCAAGGCUUUGUAUGGCUCACAGAUCAAAUGGCAAUAUGUCACAUAUUAUGAGGCUUUUAUUAGAGGAAUAAAAUCAUCAGACAGUCCCUCAGACCAAAAAGGUUUAAUGCCCGUGUGCAUUAGCAUUAUGGGAAUGGGCUGUCAUGAAAUCCCUUCUUCUUGACUACCAGUGCAGGAGACAGACACUUUCACAUUCAAUGUUGACUACAUAAUGGCUUACCGUCACAUUUUUAAAUCCAAGAGGUCUGCAUAAUUUGGUCCAUGUUUGUUUGUAUAAGCAUAAUGCGAAUAAAUCAGUUUUUCAGUUGGGAUCAAGUGGUACAUCCCCAUUUAUUCAUUUACAAAUUUACAUUGAUGUCACUUUUUCACACCAAAUUGAAAAUUGCUAAUGAAUGAAAAUAUUGUGAACAAUCAGGUGAAAGCUGCUUAACUCCUCAUUUUAUGCAGGAAAAAGGAGCAAGGAAGGGAGGUGUCCAGGCUCAAGGAGCAACCAAUGUUCCCCUACCACAGUGUUUCCCAAACUUGACAAUUUUAAGGCAUGUGGACUUCAACUCCCAGAAUUCCACAGCCAGCAUUCUGGGAGUUGAAGUCCACAUGCCUUAAAAUUGUCAAGUUUGGGAAACACUGCCCUACCAGAUACCUUCCAGGUGUAUUGGGAAUGACAGCUUCCAGAAUUCCCCAGCCAACCAAAAAAUAUGUUGGUUGGGAAUUCUGAUUUGCGCACUACGAAACAGAAUUCCCAACCAAUGUGUUUUAAACUUAAAACUUUUAAAUUCGGCCAACAAGCCAAAUGAUUGCAUGUUUCUUUCACUGAAAGCUAAUACAGUUGCUGGGACACUCUUCAAAACAAGGCUCCAUCUUUUAAAAGGCAAAUGUCAACUCCUAACCUUGUAGUACAGUAGUCCAAAAGCUCUACAUAAACAGUUUGAGUUUGCAAAUCAUAUAUCAUCCCAACUGUCCAUCAAUUAACAUCUAGGCGUUCACUUCGGAACAUAGUUCUGAGUAUUCCAGUGCUAUAAAGCAAAGAUCCCCAACAUUUGGGGCACCAGGGACCGGUUCCAUGGAGAGAGGUUUUUCUGUGGACCGGAGGGAGUGUGGUUUUGUGUGCUGCCUGCAUCCCAUGGAUAGGACUUUGCUUGUUUGUGCAGACCAGUUGCUGGCAUGCCGCAUCCUGGUACUGGUCCACGGACUGGGGGUUGGGGACCCCUGCUAUAAAGCACUUAAACAUGAGAUCACAUUCUUGAGGAGUUUCCUUUUUAUGUGCGUGAAUUAGACUCCCAUUAUUCUAAGAUUGUUGAUUGAUUUUUGGGACUCUCCUUGUAAAAUAGAAUUAAAUAACUAACUCCCAUCACUCUAACUUUUGAAUUAUGAACUCGUUAAAAAUUGAAAUUAAGACAAGCAAUUUCUUUUUAGCUGCCUCCUGAAUAGCUCAUACCAUUCUUUUUUUAAAAUUGCAUCUUUGUUUUUAUUGUUGCAGGAAUACUUUUUUCUAAAUUAUAAGUUAACCAACUUCCUUGUCCAUCAUAUCUAUCUUAAGAAAAAAAAUUUUGAAUAGGUUGCUCUUGAAAAUGACAUACCUUCUUGGCAGUCAAUCUCCAUUCAUUACAUUCUUUGCAUGAUGUGUAUCAGAAAUAUCAGCUGAUAUGGAAGGGGACCAGGAUGAGGGAUAUAUUGUACAUUUUGGGUUCAUGUAUGGAACUUUUUUUUAAUUAAUUAAAAAAAAGUUGUAUGAGUGGACAAAACAUGUAUACAGUAUCUGUAAACUGUCUUGUCUGGAUUAUUUCUUUCACUGUUGAGCCACAUACUUUUGAAGAAUAUAUUUUAUCACUGCCUUAGUACAUGGCCAUCUUUUACAGGGAUACACAAUUUUUACUUUUUGUAUGAGCUACUUUCAUUUGAAAGCUGACACUCAUAAACUUAGAGGAGGCUUUUCUGAAACCAAAUGCUGACAUAGGUGAAUAUACUACCUUACUACAUAACAAUUGGAUGUCAGUUUGAUUUGGAAAUCUUUCCCUUUUGCAAAUGAAAUAGUGGUGCAGAGCUUAACUCCACUUGAUGUUAGUAGAUAUUGCCUUGUGUACUCCAUUCUCAACGGUAAUCUAGUUUGUAAAAUAAAGUGUGAUGCAUGUAAAUAAAGCAUAAUGGAUCUCUAUGCUGAAA